UAAAAGUUUUAGUCGCUGGCAACCAGCGAAACGUUGAAUUCAUAUUUUACUAUAUUAGUUGAUACGUAUCUGAAUAAUCAGACAUUCUAACCUGCAACGAACCGUUCGAAACGAAUACAAUUGGCACCAUUCGGAGCCCACACAUACCCAUAUCAGUAGAAAAGUCAAGGACCGGCAUUUUUCCAUCAUUAUAUUUUCACGUUUCCAGUCAAUACCGAACAUUUUAAUUACUAACGUUUUUGGUCUUCCAAGUUGUAAAUUUGUGAAGUUCGAUGAGUUUACUAAUAUGUAUGUAUUUUGAAUUUUUUUAAUGUCCUCGAUGAAAACGCCGAAAAGGAUAUCGGAUUUUUUAUUAACAAAUGGGCUUAAAGUGUAAAUAAAAUAAGUGUAUGAUCCCAAAAGACGACUGAAAACUUUUGAUAGUGUGCAUUUUCCGUUUUUCCGAAACAGUGUCCUUUGAACUAGGUGGCGAUAUCGACAUAUAAUCGGUCUUUUGGAGGCUGCAGACUUCUUCUACUUUGAAACGUAGUACAUUUGCCCAAGAUUCUUCUCCACAACAUCCUAAAAUUCAAUCAACAUGAGCAAAGCCUAUCAUAAUGCCGCCUUUGUUGGUGAUGAAGGCGAAAAAGCGGAAAAGGGGAGAAAUGUUUCGGAAAAAUCCCAGUAUGUCCUGGAGCUCACGGAAAAAGGAAAAAUUAUUGCAGAAGUCGAUUACGACCCGUAUUAUCACCGGAAAGUUGAACAUCCUACUACAAACUCUGAGACUAUGUUCCAUUUGCUCAAGGGAUCGCUCGGCACAGGAAUUCUUGCGAUGCCAAAUGCUUUCAGGAAUGCUGGAUACAUUCCUGGUGCCGUUGGAACCAUUAUUAUUGGCGUCAUCUGCACGUAUUGUAUACAUUUGCUAGUAAAGGCUGAGUACGAGUUGUGUAAACGUAAAAAGAUUCCUAGUAUGAAUUAUCCUGGUGUGGCUGAAGCAGCUCUAAGCGAGGGACCAGAGUGGUGCAAAGCGUGUGCCCCAUAUAUUACGAACGUGGUUAAUACAUUUCUGCUAAUAUACCAACUGGGAACGUGCUGUGUCUAUGUGGUGUUCGUCGCGUCGAAUAUUAAAUCCAUCGCAGACUUCUACAUGGAAGACAAGCCGGAUGUCCGCAUCUAUAUGCUCAUCAUAUUGUUGCCUUUGAUUCUAAUUAAUUGGGUACGAAACCUGAAGUAUUUGGCACCUUUCUCGACUAUCGCUAAUGCAGUCACACUCAUUUCAUUUGCAAUUAUUUUGUAUUACAUUUUCCGCGAACCAAUCAGUUUGGAAGGGAAGGACGCAUUCGCAGAGCUCAAAACUUUCCCAUUAUUUUUCGGAACAGUAUUAUUUGCAUUGGAGGCUAUUGGAGUGAUACUUCCUCUCGAGAACGAAAUGAAGACACCAAGGCGUUUCAUCAGUCCAUGCGGAGUAUUGAAUAGUUCAAUGACAAUUAUUGUCCUACUUUACGUUGGAAUGGGUUUAUUUGGUUACCUGAAUUACGGUCAUGAUGUCGAAGGAUCAAUCACCCUAAACUUACCACCAGGAGAUAUCAUGGCCCAAUGCGUGAAGGGAACGCUAGCUUUUGCCAUUUUCGUAACACAUGGUCUUGCCUGUUAUGUUGCCAUUGACAUCACCUGGAACGAUUAUAUUACAAAAAAGUUAACUAUAACUUCACAUAAAAUGGUGUGGGAAUACGUUUGCCGGACUUUAUUGGUUCUUGUUACCUUUCUCCUAGCCGUGGCCAUCCCGAACCUGGAGUUGUUUAUUUCUCUGUUUGGAGCGCUUUGCCUAUCCGCUCUGGGCUUGGCAUUCCCGGCGUUAAUCCAAAUCUGCACAUUCUGGUAUUACGUGAGUGGAGUGAAGCGCGUGUGGCUCGUAGUAAGCAACACGAUAAUUGUCGUAGUUGGUGUCGCUGGUCUAGUCAUCGGAACGUACACAAGUUUAUCAGAAAUCAUAGAGAAAUUCUUCGGUUAAUGUUCCUGCAUCCUCCAGAAAGCAGUCUAAUCAAUAGUUUCCACGCUCAUGUUCAUAGGCUUUGAUGGCACAUCAAAAAUCAAAGGAAAUCACUCCAGCCUUGUGAUUCUCUCGAUGAACAUUCCUUAUGCAGUAUGUGAUAUAGCAAAAAGAGGUCCUGUGACAUAUAAUCUAGGGAUAAUAUAACAAAUUAAUAUGUACGCAAUGUAGAAGCAAAGUAACUAUACGAUUUUAGUUGUAAAUGAUGCAACAUAACGGAUAUGAUGAUGAGGGGAGGAUAAUUUUGAACUGGAAUUGCUGUGAAAACCUUGAAGCCUUCAAAGCUUUAAGAUUCGAGAACUGUAAGGUAAAGUCUUUAUGCAGAACUGUUCCCUCAUUGUCACGAUAUCUGUGCACACAAAACAGGAAACCGGAACACAACACACUAGUAUUAUAUUAGUAUUCUUCUAAUUUAACGUAGACUUCCUAGUUUAAGUAGAGAAUUUGUUCCCCUAUUUAUAGGCACUCGUUAGCGAAGUAAGCACUAAGAUGUAAUAAAUGAUGAUAAAGAUUUUAUUAUGUAAGAAUGUACCCGCUACCAAAAUACAUAUUUUACGCGAUGGAAAAUAUUUUUCUCAUUAUAGAGAGAA